AUUGAUUACUCAGUAUUGAAAAUGGUCGUGUGCGAAAAAUUUGAGAAAUCUUUGGAAAAGAUGGCCAAAAAUUGGAAAUCAAUUUUUAAAAGUGCAUUCCGCACACUCAGUGUUUGUCUUUUAUGGAUAGCAAUUACAAUAGGUUUCGAUUGGAUUUUUUUGAGUGCUCGUCCGAUGAGGGUCGAUCAAAUAAUAUUCCUGACUUCAGCAAUAUCGGUAACGAUACUAUCAUGGCCUACUGCCACUUCCGGAAGCAGAUUCAAGCGAACAUCAAUAGAAGUUCUCGCAUUCAUAUUCAUUGAAAUCGCUGUGUUCACAACGAUCAUAAUCAACGUUGCUUGGCUGGACAAUUAUCGACUAAAGACAAAUGUUAACCACCGUGAUGUAACCAUAGAUAGUGAUGAGCUGAAAUUCGUAUUCAUUGGAUUUUUAGCAGCGCUUAGCUACAUCGGCAUCCUAUUUCCGGUGAUGAACGCUGUUAUGCACUCAAUGUUGAUCUAUCAUUUCAUUCGUGGGACCAAAAAGAAAUUAAUUAAAUGGUGUGGUGUGGUCAGAUUUUUCUACUGUUUUCUUGGAAUCGUUGUGACCAUCGGCAUAGCAUUUUUGAUAAUUACCCAGACGAAUCAGUCGGAAGAUUAUCGCUACAACCAGCAAUAUCCUCAACUUGAUAUGGUUCUUUUAUUGGCACAAACAACGGUAUUUCUUGUAGUCAUUUUCACUGCCAUCGAAUCAACGCAGGGCAUGACAGGAACUACAGUGGAUAAAGCUGCUUUGUCAAAAUAUUUUCGCGGGUGUCGUACAGUCACUAUAUGUAUCCAAAUCGUUUCGAUCUUGAUCCUUGUAUUGGAAAAAACUGGAUAUCCUUCGUCGCCAUCCAUGUAUGAGUGGGAAGAUAUUUUAGAUCUGAACUUAAUGUCGAGAAUUUGGAUGUUGUGCGUUUGUAAUGGUGCCUGUUUUCUCCGACAUUUCUACCUGGCGUGGAAAAUUGCAAACCCGAGUGCUAACGAAGCUUCCUCUGAUAUGAGGGCAUGAAAACCGUCAUCUCAGCACAGGAUCGUCAAGUGCUUAAUAAAUCUAUUGUAAACAUGACU